GAUGGCGGUGGAGAAGACGGUGGCGGGGGCGGCGGCCGUCAGGACGGUGCUGGUCACGGGCGGGGCCGGCUACAUCGGCAGCCACGCCGUGCUGCAGCUGCUGCUAGCCGGCUUCCGCGCCGUCGUCGUCGACAACCUCAACAACUCGUCCGAGCUCGCCGUCCGCCGCGUCGCCGCGCUCGCCGGGGACCACUCGCGGAACCUCUCCUUCCACAAGAUUGAUCUCCGUGACAAGGAAGCACUGGAAAAUGUUUUUGCUUCAACAAGAUUCGAUGCUGUUGUUCACUUUGCUGGACUAAAAGCUGUGGGUGAAAGUGUGCAAAAGCCAUUGCUUUAUUACGACAACAAUGUUAAUGGCACAGUAAAUCUUCUCGAAGUUAUGUCUGCUCAUGGAUGUAAAAAGUUGGUGUUUUCAUCGUCAGCUGCAGUUUAUGGGUCACCCAAGAACUCACCCUGCACAGAAGAGUUUCCUCUGACUCCAAACAAUCCAUAUGGCAAAACCAAGCUUGUUGUUGAAGAUAUUUGCCGUGAUAUCUACCGUACAGAUCCAGAAUGGAAGAUUGUCCUACUUAGGUAUUUCAAUCCUGUUGGGGCUCAUCCGAGUGGAUACCUUGGCGAAGACCCAUGUGGAAUUCCCAAUAAUCUUAUGCCGUAUGUUCAGCAAGUUGCAGUUGGCAGGAGGCCAGCUCUGACUAUAUUGGGGAAUGACUAUGCAACAGUAGAUGGAACUGGGGUUCGAGAUUACAUUCAUGUGGUCGACCUUGCUGAUGGACAUAUUGCUGCACUGCAGAAGCUUUUCGAAAACUCUAGCAUAGGAUGUGAAGCAUACAACCUUGGAACUGGAAAAGGAACAUCAGUGCUAGAGAUUGUUCAUGCCUUUGAGAAGGCUUCUGGGAAGAAAAUUCCUCUGAUCAUUGGCCCAAGACGCCCUGGCGAUGCAGAGAUUCUGUUUUCGUCCACUGCCAAAGCAGAGAGGGACCUGAGCUGGAAAGCGAAAUAUGGCAUCGACGAGAUGUGUAGGGACCAGUGGAACUGGGCUAGCAAGAACCCUAAUGGAUACGGAGCAGCUGACUCCAUCAAGCAAAACGGCCACCGCGGAUAUGGAUCAGCUGACCCCUGCAAACAGAGCGGCCAAUACGGAUCAACAGGGUCUGCCAAACAAAAUGGCAACGGACACCUCCACUGAACAGUGUCAGCUGGCCUGUGGGCUCUCCUUGUACAUGCAAUGUAUCACAGAAAUUAUCACCUGAUACCGACGUAGAUCAAUUGAUUUGAAGGCCAAUACAGAUCGACAGGGUGCUUAGAUAAUAUUCUUCUACCAUAGUAUAUCAUCAUUGGCUGAAGAAUUCCACUUGUGGGUAGAGUUUUUUUUUCCUACUUAUGCAUCAGUGUUUUUCUUCUUCCAAAUCUGUUGUAGGAAUGUGGUCAUAACCUUCCAGCUGAUUGUGUUCUUUCACUGCUAAUUGAACUGCAUUCUGUUUUA